AGCUUGGCAAGGGCGUCUACCGGAUCUAAUUGGAAACUUCAAGUUUCUAUCUCUAUUUACAAAGAAAAUUUUGUUCCUUUUUCUUUCAUCGCCCAGCUUUGGGCAACAAAUCUUCCUGGUACCAUCGAUAAACCGCACUCGAUACUCCGGCUGAUGCUGUCAGUGGCCCUUAUAAACCCAACAUAGAAGAAGAAAGAAGAACCAGGUAGUUCAGAAGAUACUUGUCUAGAGUAACUACCAGCUUAGCAGAGAAGGUACCUGGUGCACACUAAGCUUAUAAGACAGCUUAAGAAGAGAGAGAGAGAGCUGAAAGCUUUCCUGUAAAGUGAGAAGAUGGAGGAGGACUUAGGGAGUUCAGUGAACCAGGACUUUCCACAAGGAAUGGCACCUAAAAUGCUCAAUUUGCUCAAGGUAGUUGAUGCCCUGGAGAAAGAUCUUGCACCUCUAAUAUCUUGUCCAUACCAUGAAGUGUUCAGUAAGUUAUCGCCACUUGACCGUGCCAAAAUAGGUAUGAUGGAGAUCUACACUAUAAAUGCCUUAUUUUGGGUUUUGAUGAGGACCAGUGGAGAAGAUACUGCUGCAACGCUUCGAGAGGACUGUAAGGUGGAGAUGGCAAGACUGAAGGAAACCCAGGCGCGUAUCUCGGAGAUAGAGGCUAGAGCUCAUCGCCAGCGCUUAAAUACUGAAGCAGCUGCAAGGUUCAUCAGCCGUGGACUGGGUUACCAUAUUGGAAAUACUCAGAUGGAAGAAAGUGGGUCAUCAGCAUACAUGGAUAACAAUGAAAAUACAAUGGAGGAACAAGGAGACCAAGAAUCUAACAGUAGCAGCGAGAGUGAAGAUGAGGAGAGUGAUGGAGAGACUCAGAUGUUGCAGCAGGGUGACUCUCAGAAUAGACUGUGGUAUGGACAGGGAUGGUAGUUGUAAUUUCAGCAUUUACAUCUCAGGUUAACAGUUGGCAAAGGUUAUUGCAAAUUAUUUUUUGGCUUUGAUUUGCCAAUGGACAUUUUCCCACUUAGGUUAGGGUGACCCAAAGAAGGAAAUGCUUUAACCAUCAUCAUUCAGAAGCAUUCUAGCCAGAAGUACACAAACAUAGCUGUUUAAUAAUCCUUUGAACUAUUACAUUCCCAGCCAUCCUUUAGGGUGAAGGUACUAAAACUCAUUAAUGUCAAAUGAUAUCUGUGUGUCCACUUGGACACACCAAUGUAUGCAAAGGUCUGGAAACAUUAUACGUAAUCGUGAAAAGCAACAAAUCCGAGCAUAGGGCAGUGUACUCAUCAUUUUACUGUAUUCCAUUCAUUGUAUGCAUUCAGAUAGAAUAAUGUAUUAAUCCUGCUUGUGUACCACCUGAUCCUGAAUAUGGUAACAGCUGUUAUUUAACUAAGUUUUCUCUUGAAGCCUGCAGUCCAACUAUAACACUCAGAAGGUCUGGAUUCGGACUGUGAGCCGCCAGUUGAGCAGCCCUGCUUUGUGGAAUACAGUGCUGUCAAUAAUGAGCAGUGUUGAUUGUAAAAUUAUUAUCCCUUUAGUUACUGAGACUGGAAUUUUUAUUUUUAUUAUUAACACAUCAGCCAUUUCCCACCAAGGCAGGGUGGCCAGAAAAAAAAAAAACUUUCAUCAUUCACUCCAUCACUGUCUUGCCAGAGGUGUGCUUACACUACAGUUAUAAAACUGCAACAUUAACACCCCACCAGGGCUGGAAUACUGUUUGUAAAUUAUUAUUACCACUAUUUUAAUCAUAACUAAGUGCUAAACCAGUACAUUGUUGGUAUAAAAAGCUAAAACUGUUAGUGGAUCUUAUAAUGUGAUACAGAAAACCCUCAGUUUAAUAGACUUAGAAAUACAUAAAAUCUGCCUGGUCAGUUGAUUCAGAAUCAAUGGACAGUGUGUGUGUUCAUUACAGAAUUGUCUUUUUUGUUGUGAUCACUUCAGAAAAAACAUCUUAUCUUUAUUACAAUAGUCAUUACAGGUCACUCGCCACUCUCAUAGUUCAAAAUAGCAACUUCUCGAUUUAUUUCGUCACUGAAGGUUUGAUAACAUCACAUCCAGAACUCUAAUUCAUAAAUGACAAAUCUUUACUACAUUGUUGCGAAAUUAUGAGAAAAAUUUUCUCAAAUGGAAAAUGUUGUUAUAAAAUUGUAGAUACAUUGUGUAUGCAGUUAUAUAUGGAUGGCUGUGCAUAAUGUCACAUAUUUUUCAAAUAACUAUGAAGAGUUAUAAUUUUUUAUGUAAAUAUCUGUUCAUAGCUAUUUAACAUGUUAGAAAGCUAAUGUACAUCAGCCUAAUAAUUAACAUGUCAAAUAUGGAGGCUUCUUAGGAGCACGGUAAGGCAUUUAAAUUUUACAGAGGAUUCUGUAUGUGGUCACAUGCUGUAUGACCCAUAUAGGUUUGGCACAUAUUAUUUUUGAAAACAUGUGGCCACCCAUGAAUUUACUGCAUAAACUGUGACACUUUCCCUGUCUCUUCUGUCAUUUCUUCUGAUGUGCUUCUUAAUUAAAGUAAUACCAGUAUGUUUAACUUGCAACCAUCAUUCACUUCUGGUGUACAGCUCUGAAGGAUUGCUUACCAUCAAUGUUAUAAUACAGGUCGACCAUCGCUAAUCUGGCAUCAUUUUUGGCCUUUCUUUGAUUAGUUUGUCCUGCAGCAUGUAAACAUUCAUUAUUUCCUGGUCACUUAUAAAACUGUGUUGCUCUAGACCUUUACUCUAGCCGAAAUUAGUGCCGGAUUACACACAUG